CCACAGCCACAAUGGAUACUGGUGGCUCAGCUCCACCCCUUGCAGUUGGCAAUUUCUCCGUAUUAAAGCAUUCUGAAUAUUAUCAAGAUUCUGCGGAAAAUGUGCUCCUCUCACAGCGCUUCCUACUUUGUGCAAACACAGCUUAUAUUUACAACAAGAACACAGUCCUCUGUGUCUCAGCCGUGGGCGAAGGGGACAGUGGGGAUCGGGUGGAGUUCUCUGGAGCAGGGGAUAGCAUCCUGGGUGUUGGCAGGUCGCAGGGUUUGCCCCUCUUCUUCUCUGCAAACCAUGGCAUUGUGUCCAUCGCGCCCAGUCAGCACCUGAACCAGUCAAGCAUGUUGUUGAACGAGAGUGUGGCUGAAGAUACCUCUCGACUUUGUGAGGCUCUCAACAUCAGCAGUAUGGGCCUGGAAGCUAUCACAGCCAGCCAGGACCAUACAGCCCGACUCCAGGCAGCCUUCCUGCAUUUCAAUAAGAACAACAUUCCACAGGCUCAGGCUCUUCUGGAUGAGCUCUUCCCAGGGGUAGACAACUCCACACUAGAUGCUACUGUCAUCAGCCUCUCAACCAAUCUGCUGGAUGACUCUCCAGCAACAGAUCCUCGCUGGGCUGAGAGCAAUGAGGCAGGUGGUACAGGGGCUCCGAUGUCCCUCAUUUUACAGAAUCAGCUGAGAGACAAAACAACGGCUCAUCAGUACUACAUUAACUUUUUGCACCAGACUGGACUUUGGCAGCGCUUGAGUGUUGGUCAGGUAGAAGAAACCCGAGUCCUGACUCGAGUAUUGCUUUCAGAACAUGCAGAGCGGUUAGCAUUUGCAACAUCUCUACGUACAAGACAUAAUGACCAUCAGCAUCUCAUUGAUGCUGCCAUUAGGCAUGUGCUAAAUGAGCGAGGCGAGACUCCAAAAGGGAAACUGACCCAUGCAGAUCUCUUUUAUCGCCGUGUAAGCCAGAUUGAAGACAUCAUCUGGGGAUUGUUACGUGCACAAGAGGAGGUCUUGGCUGCUGAUGUCGCACCUCGUGAUGCACCAGCCACUAUUCACUCGGUAAAUAGCCUUGUCUUGGCACUGUUACAAAGUGCCAGGGUAGGCAGUGCAUCUAUUUCUGGGAUCACAGGGACUGCUAAUGAUCCUCCUCUUGAACACAUACCUUGGACUGCCACCCAGGGUUCUCGUGGAGUGAGAACCCUUCUGCUGGAGCAGCAUAACACCACAGUGGAGGUUGGCCUAGCAAGAGCUGAGGAUGGAGCAACCCGAGCUAAACUUUACACACAGAUGGUUGACCUUGCUGACUGCAUUCUGACUGGAUACCAGCCACAACUUCGUUCUCUUGUAUCUGUUAGCCACGACUUGCACCAGUCCCUCCUGCGCUCGUAUGAGAGGGACCGCUACAAUUUGAUCCAACCUCUUGUACAAGGAGAGCAGUACGAUCAAGCAGUUGGCCUUGCUGAGAAGUACUGUGACUUCCGCACACUGGUAGAAGUCUGCGAUCGUACCGACAACCAAGAAAGACUGAGUCAGUACAUGACACAGUUUGGCUCUGAGGGUUUCUCGGACUUUGUGUUCCGUUGGUACUUGGAGACAGGUAAACGAGGUCGCUUGCUGAGCCAUGGUGACCAAGGAGGCCUCUCUCGCUUCUUGCAAGACUACACUUCCCUUGCAUGGUUACACCAGAUCCAAACCAGAGAUUUUUCAUCAGCUUCCACCACUUUACGUCAGCUAGGCUUGGAUGAGAUGACUUACCUUAGCAGAAAAAAGACAUUGUUAAGCCUUAGUAAAUUAUGCAACCUGGCUGCUAGUGUGCCAGGCAGUGCAGAUAUAAGUGUGAUGGAGGAUGACACCAUGACCUUAGAAGAGGAACUCAUUCUGUACCAGGAGCAGUUGCCUGAACCGGUCCUCAACGCGCACUCCCUUGAGGCUGAUACCAUGAAGGUCCUGUCUCCUACUGACCUUGUUCAUCUCUAUACUGGAGAUGAAAACACCUAUGCCAAUGAGUUUGACUUCAAGAAGGCCUUAGAUUUGCUUGCCUUUGUACCUGGAGAAGAAGUUCCCGAGUUGAAGAAAGACAUCUGGGUGCGUGCUGUGCUUCGCAACUCCUGGCAUCACAUGGACACAGACAAUCCGCUAGAAGCAAUUAGUGACACGUUGCUUUUCAAGACUAUAGAGCUUGCAUUCACUCAAGGGACUGACAUAAAGGAACUGCUACUUCCCGCUGAAGAAUUGCUGGAGUGUGAAGAACUGGGGGACCUCAAGGAAGAUGCCACAUUCAAGUUCCUGGUGAAUGCUGGCUAUGAGAAGAUCACUCAGCUGGUUGGGUAGAUUUAUUUGCAAGAAAA